UAGAACGUGCAUAACGAGGAAGGUUUUGCCUCGAACUACUGCAAAAGUGCAUUUAAUUGGUUGAAAAUAUAUUUAGUUUGGCUCUUUAGAUUGAUGUGAUAUUCAGCCUGACAAAUCUGACAGUUCAACAUGCCUGGUUAUGAGAUGGCGUUGAUUAUGAGGGUUAUGAAGAGGCCGGAUUUAAUCGCAGCUGUCAAACGAUCCGUUGGUGCUGUCAUAGAAAGAGGUGGCAUCGUAAAGAAUCUUGAGAACCUUGGAGAGAAACGACUACCCUACAGGAUGAUUUCUCAUGCAGAACACUUCACAAGAGGACAUUAUUUUAUUGUGGACUUUGAUUCACCGCCAGACGCCAUCACGUCAGUUCAGGAAUAUCUUCAUCGUGACGUGGAUGUCAUCAGACCCACCAUCUUGAAUAGAGAAACAGAGCGAAGGGAACCGCCCCCCUGCCGUGGGGUGCAUAUAGGAUUGUACCAGUUGCCUGAAAGGAUUAUAAGAAACAAGAAAAAAUUAAGACAUGAUGUGAAUGUGGACGACCUAUCGAAAUAGAGGGAGCUGAAUCAUUUUCUCAAAAUGUGGAUCUUUUUUAAGUUUGACUGUAUUUAACAUCGCAACGAGAACAUGGAUGUGAGCAUUAAUGCCAUCAAUGCCUGGUGUGGCUGUUUCUCAAGACAGUAGAGGGCGCUCUCUUGUAGAUUCUGAAGAGCACAGUUCCUUUAAAGUGAUGCCACACCCACUAUUCCCAGUUAACUAUUAUCCUAUUAUUCUUCAGUACAUGUACAUGGAUAUUGAAACUACAUCAGUGGGGCUAACCUACCCCCACUCCCUGGGCCAAUGCAAACCAAACAUAGGAAUACAUGUAUGCAGAAAAAAGUAGUACAUGCCUAGUGCCUACUAACUCGCUCCCCCCCCCCUCCCCCUUGAAGUAAACCCAUCUCCCACCUUUUUUAACCAAAUCAUUAUCUGUGCCUUGGCAUGUAUUUGUGACGUUUUUGUAUUGUCAAUCAUUGACAAAAUGUUGGAAAUAUUGAUUUGUGUUGAAUUUUGUUUGUUAUACAAUGAACAAAAUCCACUAAAAAAUGUUAGAAAGGUACCCAAGUUAAUUUCUUCUUAAAAAUGAAAUUUUAAAAUGCCUUAUCAGUUUUUUUCAAACUUAAAUCUCAAGACCAUCUGUAACAGUUUGUGAAAUUUACAAAGUGUACAUUGUAAAUAAAUACAUUUAAGUGCUCA